AGUUAAGAUAAUUGACAUAAUGCUUGAAAAUUCAUACUCAUAUUAUCAUCUUUAUUUUUGUCAUAUAAAAUUUAUUCAUUUUUUGAUCGUUUUUUACGCAAGUGUAAAUAUUAGGCAGUAGUUAAGGUAUGGCAAAUGAUGAAAACCAAAUUUAUUCCUUAAAAGCACUUAUAAAAGAGUCGAAAUAUUUUGAUGCUAAUGAUAACUUACUACAUGCAAUACUUCAAAGGGGGCUAGAAGGACUCAAUGAAUUCCAAGAAGAAAUGGGCAAAAAAAAUUUUGAUAAUUUGAAAUCAUCAGUUAUCAACUUUCUAGAUUCCCACAACAAUAGUAUGGCAAAUCUUAAUAACAAAAUUACUUCUUUGAAAGCACUAAUUAAGGAAUCAAAGUAUUAUGAUUUAAAUGAUAACUUACUAAAUGCAAUACUUCAAAAUGGGCUAAAUGGACUAAAGGAAUUCCAAGAAGACAUGGGAAAAAAAAAUUAUGAAAACUUAAAAUCGUCAGUUAGCAACCUAUUACGUUCUAAAAUCAACUGUACGAUAGAUGAUAAAGAAAAAAAUGUCUUGAAAGCACUAAUUAAAGAAUCGAAUUACUAUGAUGCUGAUGAUAAUUUACUAAAUGCUAUACUUGAGAAUGGGCUAGAAGGAAUUGAUGAAUUCCAAGAAGAUAUGGGCAAAAAAAAGUUUUGAUUAUUUGAAAUUAUCGGUUUCUAACCUUUUAGACACUCAAAACAAUUCUAUCGCAAAUGUAUUUAAUCAAGAUAUGACUUUUAAUGAUUCUUUUAAAUUGGUUAUUCAAUCAGUGAAAUAUAAUGAUGAAAACAACAUAUUAUUAAACGCCAUACUUGAAGAAGGUAUGCAUGGAUUGCAUAAACUCAGUAAUAACAUUCCAUCUCAAAUAAUUAAAAAAUUAGAGUUUCUUAUAACUAAGCAUGGUAUGAGAAAGUACAAACAAGAAUCAAACAGCCAGAAUAUUAAUUUUAGUAAUUUUAUUAGCAAUCAACUUCGAGAAUUGAAUGUGCCAAACAAUCUUCACAAUCGUAUUCAAGAGCAAAUUACUGAGAGCUUAUUAAACAUUAUUAAAAGCUAUGAAUUUAAUAUUACAAAUCAAAAUAAAAAGGAUAUGUUAAAUAAUUCACUUAACUUGAUUCAUUUAGAUGAUGUUAAAAACAUUAAAUCGUUUUUAGAAAAACUGUGGAAACCUAUCCAAAUCAAUGAAGAACUUAAAUUAUCUUUAUUACAUGAAAUGACAUUGUCUUGUUUAAAAGUUUUAAAAAACUUUGAAGAAAAUAUUCCAAAUGAAGUGCUUGAAAAGUUAAAAAACCUAAUGCUUCCAGUUCAAAAUCAUUUGGAAAAAGAAUAUGGAAUAAAUUCUGACGAAAAUAAAAUUAGUAUCAAACAACGGCAAGAAAAUUAUUCAAACGAAGUUAUAAACAAAUUAAAAAAACAGAAAGAAAAAUUAUUGUUAAUGCCGGAAUGUUUCGAAAAGUCUGUUUUGAACUUAAUUUAUUUAAUUCGUUUGGAAACUUUACCUGACAACAAUAUUACCCAUUUAUUAAAGAAAGAAGAAGAACCAAUAAAUUUUGACAUUCACAUAUGCUCUUUGAAUGAGAAAUGUGCCCUAGAGGGACUCGAUAACAAAACUAAAGAAUGCUUAAAAAAAGCUGAAAACCAAAUUAAAUUGGAUCAAUUUAGUUUCGCACUACAAAUUCUUGAAUCAUUGUUUAAACAAAUUCAACCUCUAGACAUUAGAGAAAUAAAACUAUUAUUAGAAAAAGCUAAAGAAACUUAUAAGUUGAUUGAAAAUCAGGAAAUAGUACUUUUAUUAGGAAUGACUGGAUCUGGUAAAACAGCCACUAUUCAUUUUUUAUCUGGUUCUAAAAUGUUUAAACAAAAAGUAUGUAUUGAACCUGGAAACUAUCUUUUUCAAGUUACAGCAGCAGAACCAUUUCCGGAUGCUUUAUCCAAAUUUAUUAUUAGUUAUCGCGCUGAAUCAGAAACUAGAUACAUAAAUCCAAUUCAAAUCAACUUGAAAGAUUUCGGCCACUUUUCGGAUAAAUUUAUAACAUUAUGCGAUUCACCCGGUUUUGGUGAUACUGCUGGUCCUGAAGUUGAUAUAGCCAAUAGUGUUAGCAUUGUUGAAGCAAUCAUAUGCUGCAAAAGCGUUCGACCAGUCAUUUUAUUGAAUUAUGAAAACCAAGGUGGUCGAGGUGAAGGCAUUCGCGAGAUGACACGAAUGAUUCAAGAUAUGGUAAAAAAUAUUGAAGAUUAUUUGUCUUCAUUUUCUUAUUUGUUUACUAAGUAUUCGGAAAAUAACGUUCAUACAAGUCUACUCAACAUAUACAAAAGCAUUGAAAAAGGGUCUGAGUCUAACGAUAAAACAUUUAAAACUAUUCUAGAAGAUAUGUUAAAAAAAACUAAAAACAAUAGUGAAUCUUUAGAUCUUAUUAAUGAUAAUCCGUUAGAUGUCAUAAAUAGGAUUAUAAAAACACCUUGCAUUAAAGAUCCUAAGCGAGUGUUUAGGUACACAAUAGCCGAACGAUCAAAAAGUGCGCUGUUCAUGCAAGCCGAAUACAAUAAGUCUGCAAUAAUAUGUGCUGCAAAGACUUAUAACUAUAAACUGAUAAAGUAUAAAAUAGUUGAACUCAUAUUUUUGUGUGAUACUUUAAGAUUAAAUGAAGUUAAACAGACUUUGAAGGAAUCCAUUGAUCAUGUAAAUAAUCAUAUUUAUAAAUGUUACGAAGAUACUAAAGAAAGAUUUAACAGAUGUUUAGACAAUCAGAGCAAACUUUUGAGUGAUGAGCUAGAAUACUAUGUUUCUCAAAUUGAGAAAUUGGAAGAUCUUCAUAUUUUUAAAGACGUUGAGCCGUUGGUAAAAGUAAGUAAAUUAAGCGAGGCGUUGCUUCAAAAUUUAUGUUCAAGAUGCGCACAAGAAGCAGAAAAUUUUACAUCUUUAAACAUAUUUAAUGAUGAGUACUCAAAAAUAUCUUUAAAUAACUUGAAAUUGCUUUGUGAAAAAUGUGACAACAAAGGAUAUAUUAACGCUUGUCAAUUUGUAAUUAAACAGGUAGGUAUUUAAUGAUAUUUUUUUUCAUAAAAUCAUAGUUUUCUUUGUUUUUUUAUUUGACAAAAAGUUUUUGUAACGUUUUGAAGCAUUCCGCUAACUUAUAAAUGUUAUUUAUUUUGCUUGUAAGCAAGAGUUGAGCUUAAUUAUUAAAUUGCGAAGGAAUUUUUUUCAAGCAUAUAUUUUGUUAUAAAUGUACCUUUUACUUAAAAUAAGAUACUAAAUAGUGCAAUUUUUUUUUUCAAAAAGUAUUUUAAAUUUCUUUGGAAAGUUUUUAUAAACAUAGUUAAAUUGAUGUUUAAGACUCCACU